AUGGACAGCGCGGCCGCCGCCGCCGCCUUCGCCCUGGACAAGCCGGCGCUGGGCCCGCCGCCCUCCGCGCCGGGGCCGGGCGACUGCGGCCAGGCGCGCACCAACUUCUCGGUGAGCCACCUCCUGGACCUGGAGGAGGCGGCGGCCCGGCGCGCCCCGCGCCCCGCGGGCGCCGACGCGCGGGAGCCGUCCGCCGGCAGCAGCGGCAGCGAGGCGGCGCCGCAGGACGGCGAGUGCCCCAGCCCCGGGCGCGGCGCCGCCAAGCGGAAGAAGAAGCAGCGGCGGAACCGCACCACGUUCAACAGCAGCCAGCUGCAGGCGCUGGAGCGCGUGUUCGAGCGCACGCACUACCCCGACGCCUUCGUGCGCGAGGAGCUGGCCCGGCGCGUCAACCUCAGCGAGGCGCGCGUGCAGGUCUGGUUCCAGAACCGUCGCGCCAAGUUCCGCCGGAAUGAGCGGGCCAUGCUGGCCAACCGCUCCGCCUCGCUGCUCAAGUCCUACAGCCAGGAGGCCGCCAUCGAGCAGCCCGUGGCCCCCCGGCCCACCGCCCUGAACCCCGACUAUCUCUCCUGGACGGCCUCGCCCCCCUACAGCACAGCGCCGCCCUACAGCCCGGGAGGCUCCAGCCCGGCCGCCCCGGGGGUCAACAUGGCCAACAGCAUCGCCAGCCUCCGCCUCAAGGCCAAGGAGUUCAGCCUGCACCACAGCCAGGUGCCCACCGUGAACUGA